AUGGAUUUGGACGACGGCGAACAAUCUGACCGGAGUAGAAUACCUCGCAUUGAAACGUCUUAUAAUACUCGUACCAUGUCAAAGUCAAAACAAUCUGGAGACAUCGGCAUAACUCAAGAAGAUAUCUUAUCGAAAAUCAGUAAAUCGCAUAAUAACGGAAGUGGACCAAGUAAAAUUGGUUUCAUAGAAGGCGAACAAGAACAAGGAGUCGUAGGUGAUAUGUUGAGAAGGAUAUAUGACUUCGAAUGA